AUGUCUACAGAACCAGCAUCAGGUGUAGCUGCUGCUACCAAAGUGGGACGCAUCCUGGCAGAUGCUCAGGUUGGUGCUCUUCUCUGGGGCGCGUUGCCAAUCAGCUUGAUAGCAGACAAGUACGAAAGUGACUUCCCCGAGAUUAGCUUUGUCGUCCUGAACCACCAGAUCAAAGUAGCUGAAACGGUUCUCAAAGCCUGUGGAUAUCACCUGUGCCGCAACCCCCAGUGCACUAUGCUAGAGGAACGGGCACCCGGCCCAGUCCCAACCGCCCACUUCCACGAGCAAUCCUUCUGGAUCUCGCUGCUCUCCAAAUCCGACACCCUCUGGUGGCUGCCAGACUGGCACCACGGACCGCCCGCCGCGCAAGACCCGCACCUCAUCCUCACCAACGACCCCCGGCUGCCCCCUGCGUACAACAACGGCAACGUCGUCGGCCCUACAGGCCCAUGGCUCGGAUUCCCCGGCUGCCUGACGCUCAACCCCAGCGCCUUCACCGAGUCCAUCCUCUACCUCCGAGUCCGCGACAUGCUACCCCCGAACCGCGGAAGCCACCCGCUGGAAAAGGUCUGGAGGGCAAUGCAAUACGCAAUGAGCGACUACGGGACCCCCGGCCAACGGCCCAACACCGGGCCAUAUCGACGGACCCUGCGGCCUGAGUUCCAACUGGCGUGGGAUUAUCUCAACGGCCGCCGCCCUGACGGCCAUAAUAUUUCUCACGGGUUGUGUCGGCUUCGAGGGCAUCUUAUUGAUACCGGUGGGCUGCCGUCGGAUUCUCCCAACUGGAAUCCUAGACGUUACACCAAAUGGGAAGAUAUUGAAGUUGAUUACCGGCGAAGAGGGAUCACGGACUCUCCAUCGGUGUGUAUUGGGCCUUUGCGCUAA